UGCCAUCCAGGAUGUGGACGCUCGACAUCCUUCUCCUCACCCUCGCCGGGCUUGCGGCGAAGGGCUCCUGCGCAGCAGCGCCCGACUUCCACGAACUUGCCGCGCGUGGGAUCAUCUCCGACUCCGAACUGCAGUCGUCCUACGACUACGUGAUCGCAGGCGGUGGGCUCGCAGGCCUCGUCAUUGCCUCGCGUCUCACGGAAGACCCCGACGUUUCCGUGCUUGUCCUCGAGGCAGGGCUCUCGGGCGACGCAGUGGCAGACCGAAUCAGUCCUCCUGCUGGAACAUACUACACCUCCAUCGUCGGCACGGACUACGACUGGAAGCACGUCACCGAACCACAACCUAACCUUAACAAUCGCGUUGUAGGGUGGCCUCGGGGCAAGGUUCUCGGAGGCUCGUCUGCGAUGAACGCCAUGUAUCUUGUGCGGCCUGCGAGGGAGGAGAUGGACGCCUGGCAGGAGAUCAUUGCACAGAACGGAGAUUCGACGGCCGCAGCGAGGUGGGGUUGGGACAACAUGUUCGAGAACAUGAAGAAGAGCGAGAACUUCACGGCUCCGACACCAGAAGUCCUCUCUGUAGUCGACAUCAAGUUCGACGCCUCGACGCAUGGCUCUGGAGGACCUAUGCAGAUUUCGUAUCCUGCAAUGCAGAUCAACAUCCAAUCCAACUGGACAUCUUCGCUCGCAGCCGCCGGCGUCGCUGAACUCCCAAAUCCCAACGGCGGUGUUACCCUUGGCGGAUUUAUCACGCCUUCUUCCAUCAACCCGACGAACUGGACACGCUCUUACUCCCGCUCUGCUUACAUCGACCCCCAUAUCGCCCGUUCCAACCUCCACAUUCUCCCCGAGUCGACUGUUGUUCGUGUCGUCCUGUCAGACAACACUGAUGGCUCCGGCAAUUACUACGCACGAGCAGUGGAGUUCGCGAGGGAUGCCGACUCGGCAAGGCAGACCGUUGGAGUGAGGAGAGAAGCCGUCUUGACUGGCGGGGCCCUUGGAAGCCCCAAGAUCCUCAUGCACAGCGGUGUUGGGCCCAGAGACGUCUUGGAAUCAUCGAGUGUGUCAGUGACGGUUGAGCUACCGGGCGUUGGACAGCACUUGCAGGAUCACAUGGCUGCCGGUGUAGUCUGGGAGACGCCUUUCGAGACGGCAGGCAACAUCCACGACUCCAACUCUGACUUCGCUCGCUCGCCUGAAUUUAUGUCAUUCAUCAACGACGCUGUCGCCUUUGCCAACAUCUCCGCACUAUUCAACGGGCCCGGAACCGAGUUCCAGCAAGAAAUUAUUGCAGCUACCGAUGACUCCGUGCAGAACCUCGUGCCCAGCACCUCAUCCGAAGUCAGAGCGGGCUACAGGGCGAUCUACGAGCUUACGGCGAACAGGUUCUUCCCGGACGUCGCCCAACUCGAGAUGCUCAUGAGCGUCAUCUCGCCUGGUGUAGUUAGCAUCCAAAGCGCUAUCCAGCACCCUUUCAGUCAAGGGCGGGCAUACAUCAACUCUUCGAACCCCUUCGACCCUAUCGUUAUUGACCCGCAAUAUUACAGUCACUUUGCUGGCCUUGUCCUGAUGCGCCAAGGCGUCAAGCUCGUUCGCCAGGUCGGCAUUGCCUUCGGCGAGACCUUUGGAACAGAGACUUCCCCUGGACCUGAAGUGCAGACCGACGAACAGCUCGACGAGUGGCUCGUCAACUCGGCCGCUAGCACCCAGUUCCACCCGACAGGCAGCUGUGCUAUGCUGCCCAGGAACCUCGGUGGUGUGGUCGAUGCUAACCUUAGGGUUUACGGCCUUGGCAAUGUCCGGGUUGCGGAUUCCGCUAUCUUCCCUUUCGAAUUCGCCGCACAUGUGGCCUCGGCAACGUUCGGUGUCGCCGAGCAAGCUUCUGACCUCCUGAAGGAUAACUUCUACAUCGUUCCAUCCUCAGAAGCCUCUAGCGCCAAAAUACCCGCCCUCUCGCUGUCGUUCUCUAUCGUCAUUGGUUUCGGAGUCGCUGUACUCACUGGCUUCCCGCUUCUUUAAA